UGGCUUCCCUCCUCCAGUUCUGACUGGGCAGAGUGGAGAGCAAGAUUCUCCGUGGUGCUUACAUUUCUCUCCUGUCCCAUGGUUUGAAGUAUAAAAAACUUGGUAUCCCUUGUAACCCACAAUAGCAUCUUCAUCUCUGAGUACUCCAGGUUUCUACAGACAAGAGAAUAUGUUAAUCCUGCUAUUACCUCUUCUACCUUGGUUUCUCUGCCACUGGGCAUACAGUGCAGACUUUCAUGCUAUCAACAUGCUCCAUCUGUCCUACUUCUCAGACAUCAGUGCAGUGGAAGUUGUAGGCAAUGCCACUCUGGAUGGACAGCUUACCCAUACUUUGGAGGGGCACAAUGAACAGUUCAACGUGAGCCAGCUGCUCCCACUGGAGCCUUCCCAGCUUUGGAACCAGAGGAAGAGCAACCUGCUCCUGUACCUACAGCAGUUCCAAGACAUGGUCAAAGUGACAGCUCGUGAGAGGAAUGUUGCAUAUCCCUUUCAUGUGCAGUGCUCCCAAGGCUGCCUGAUCUUCCACAACGGCAGCAGCCACAGCUUCUACGAUAUUGCACUGAAUGGAGUUGCUUUCCUGAAAUUCUACACUGCCAAUAUUACGUGGAUGCCUUUGGAGACCUCUUCUGUGGCCUGGUAUGCCAGCAGCCAGCUCAACACGUACGAAGAGACCACCAAAAGCCUGCAGUUUUUCCUACAAGACACAUGCAUUAAGUUUGUGAUGGAGCACAGUGAUGUAAACCAACUCUUGACUGGAAAACAUCAAGGACGCUCACAUACCCCACUGGUGCUGGGCAUCAUUGUGGGUGCCUUUGCUCUGCUGGGUCUAGCUGUUUGCAUUUUCCUGUGCACAGGUGGGAACAGAUAACAUCGAGCACCAUAACAUGAGUCAAGCUCAACUGAAGGAAACAUUGCAACCUUUGUAUUUGCAUUUAAUCCUUUCAUGGAGGGACCAAAGAUCUUCCUGUGAGGUGAGCUUCAGCACAGCAAGGCAACUGUCAUCAUACAGACUUUUCUAUAUACCCCCUGGAAGGCUCUGCAAUCUUGCCUUUUGCAUGCCCUGACCAUCAACUGAGAGCAGUCACAUAGCAGUGUAUAAAAAUUAAUACCCCUGGACUACUUCGUCGUUCUCAAGUCCCCCCCCCCCCCCAAUUUACUUUGAAUCACUACUGCUAGCAUUUAACUUUUUUCCCCCAUUUCAGCAGCAUACAGUGAGAUAGAUUUGAUUGAUAUUUUCUAAAUGGAUAGAGAGGUACAGGGUUCCUUGAUCCAAAGAUGGGCACCACACUAUCAUCUCCAAGUGAUAAGCAAAGAAAUGGAGCAACUAAGUACACCUCAGCUGAUCUGUGAGUGACAUAAUUCACUACAUAUUAUUCUUAUAAAGUGUCAGAUUUUAACAAGGGCCACCCAACAACUCAGGAACUUUGGGCAAGUAGGAACUACUCAAAAAUUGGACCAGGAGCAUUUUGCUUAAAUGGAAGGCUACGAACAAAUAGUUCGAACAAAUGGUUUGUUUUGCAGAAGCCAUGAUUGAACCGCCCUCCUUCAAGUUUAAUUUUUACUGUACAGCACAUCAUGGUUAUUUAAUUAUCUGAAGAUCUUGAGCCUAACCACUCACUGUUAUUUAUUCACAACUACUGCUGGUAGAGUAAAGCCUCAUAAGUGUGACUUCCCCACUCCUAUUGCAGUCUACAGUGCCCCCCCAAAUGAAAUUCUGCUCAGCAACAUGUGUGCGAAGAUAGCAGGUGCAGUUUGAAGGGGAGGGCAACAGAAAUAAUUGCCCUACUAACAGAAUGGUUGCUUAGGACGUAACCUUAAUGCAUUUUAAAUGCACGAAUGGCUUGGGAAAGAAACCAACUCCAUCCACUCCAGAGAACCUUUCAUAGCUGUUCAAACAGUCAAGGCCCCCAUGGUAUAUGCACCAAAAUAUGUUCUACAGAACAGUACAAAAUCAUCUGUGAGGUUGCAGAACCUCUGAAAGUCAUCACUGAAACUCCAUCAUGGUGUAAUGGUUAAGAGCAGGUGGACUCUAAUCUGAAGAACCGAGUUUGAUUCUCCACUCCUCCACAUGAGCAGCAAACUCUUAUUGGGUGAACUGGAUUUGUUUCCCUGCUCCU